AACCGUAUGUGGCGUAAGACCAGGUCGAAGAGGGAGGGCUCAACUUGCAUCGGCGUUGACCCCAACCGGAACUGGGCAGCAGGCUUUGGAGGAAGUGGCGCCAGUGGGAACCCGUGCUCGGAAACCUACCGUGGACCGUAUGCGGAGUCCGAACCAGAGGUGAAAGCCAUUGUGGAUUUUGUGCGGCAACAUGGCAACAUCAAGGCUUUCAUCUCCAUCCACAGUUACUCCCAGAUGCUCCUCUAUCCUUAUGGUUACACCAAGGAGCAAGCAGCAGAUCACCUGGAGCUGGAUGCUCUGGCUAAGAAGGCCGUCGCCGCUCUGGAGUCCCUCCACGGAACCAAGUACAGAUACGGCAGCAUCAUCAACACGAUCUACCAAGCAAGCGGUGGCACGGUGGACUGGACCUACGACCAAGGCAUUAAAUACUCCUACACCUUUGAGCUGAGGGACAAGGGCCGGUACGGGUUCCUGCUCCCGGCUAACCAGAUCCUUCCCACGGCAGAGGAGACCUGGCUCGCCCUGAGGGUCAUCAUGGAGCACACGCGGGACCACCCCUACUAAGCCGGAGGGGGCCGGGUUUAGCGCCCCUGGCCCUU